CAUCCGUCCUGGCUCUUCUCGUUUUGCAUGUCCCGAAAUAUGGCCUCUGCAAUCGGUGAUGUUGCAUUCGAAGACAAAGCCGGCAUGCUAAAACUUUUGCUGUUUGAUUACGUCUUCUCAAGAGCAUCGUGCCAGUAUGAGGGAGCACAGUACACGAGAAGAGCUGAUCCAGAAAGACUAGAAGAAAUCUUUAAAAAAUAUGCAAGCGUAGAAAAAAAUGGCGAACUGUUUAUGACCCCGGAAGAUUUUGUCCGAAGAUUUUUAGGUAUUUAUCAAGAUGAAAAUUAUAAUCCAAAGACUGUAAAAUUACUUGGCAGCAUAUUGGACACAUCCAAAGAUGGACUCAUAUCGUUUCUGGAAUUCCAAGCUUUUGAAGCUGUUCUGUGUCGGCCUGAUGCUCUCUAUAUCACCGCUUUUCAACUUUUUGACACAAAUGGCUCUGGCACAAUUACUUUCGAUGAGUUUGAAGAAAUUAUCAAGCACACUACUCUUCAUGAACAGAUACCUUUCAAUUUUGGUAGUGAGUUCCUUCGGUUGCAUUUUGGUGGAGACAAAAAACGAGAAAUUAGUUAUAAUGAAUUUACUCAACUACUUCAUGAUUUCCAUGAAGAACAUGCAAUACAAGCCUUUCAGCGAUAUGACAGAAAUAAAAAAGGUUUUAUAUCAGCAAUAGACUUUAGUAACAUUAUGAUAUCUGUGAAAAGUCAUCUUCUAAGUGAAGAGGUGAAACGUAAUCUAGUAGCAGCUGCUGGUGGAACUGCAGGUCAUCAGGUCUCUUUUCCUUAUUUUAUGGCAUUCAACACUCUUCUGAAUAAUAUGGAAUUAGUGAAAAAGGUCUAUUUAAAUUUCACUAAAAACAAUACUGCCUUAGAAGUAACAAAAGAGGAAUUCUUAUAUGCAGCACAGCAAAUGUCUCAGAUCACUCCUCUUGAAGUUGAUGUCCUCUUCCAGUUAUCUGGUUUCUUACAUGCAGAUACUGGGAGAAUAACUUACGAUGACCUUGAAAUAAUAGCUCCAUAUAGACCAACCAAGUUUUUGUCCAGGCCCAUAGCAGAAGUGAAAGCUGUUAAGAGUCCAGCAGAAAGAGGUGUUGGAAUUCAGAUUUUAGAGAGUGUAUAUAGAUUUGUUCUAGGUUCCAUUGCUGGAGCUGCUGGUGCUACAGUAGUCUAUCCAAUUGAUUUAGUAAAAACCAGAAUGCAGAAUCAGCGUACUGGUUCGUACAUUGGAGAAUUGAUGUAUCGUAAUAGUUUUGAUUGUGCAAAAAAAGUCAUUCGACAUGAAGGUUUCACUGGUUUGUACCGUGGGCUUAUUCCACAACUUGUUGGAGUGUGUCCAGAGAAAGCUAUCAAGUUAACAAUGAAUGACCUUGUGAGAGAUAAAAUGACCAAUGCUAAAGGAGAAAUUCCUUUAUGGGGUGAGAUUUUAGCUGGUGGAUGUGCUGGAGCAUCUCAAGUAAUGUUCACCAACCCUUUAGAAAUUGUAAAAAUCCGCCUGCAGGUUGCAGGAGAAAUUGCUGCUGCUGGUCGUAAAGUUCGUGCCUUGACUGUUAUUAGAGAUUUAGGCUUGACAGGUUUGUACAAGGGUGCCAGAGCCUGUUUCCUUCGUGAUAUUCCAUUCUCUGCUAUCUAUUUUCCUGUUUAUGCUCAUACAAAACUUGCAUUUGCUGAUGUGGAUGGUCACAAUGGUGCUGGUUCCCUAUUGCUAUCGGCUUGCAUAGCUGGUGUGCCGGCUGCUUAUUUGGUAACACCUGCUGAUGUCAUAAAAACCCGAUUGCAAGUGGCUGCUCGGGAGGGCCAAACAACUUACACAGGAGUCCUUGAUGCAUGCAGAAAGAUUUGGAAAGAAGAAGGUGGGGCUGCUUUCUGGAAAGGAGGGCCUGCUCGAGUAUUCAGAUCAGCACCUCAGUUCGGCUUUACUUUACUCACCUAUGAAAUAUUGCAGAGGCUAUUCUAUGUUGAUUUUGGUGGAAGGAGGCCAACUGGAUCGACAACUAAAGUUCAUUCUGGUGAGGUUCGGUCUACAAAUCCUGAUCACAUAGGAGGUUACCGUUUAGCCAAUGCUACAUUUAGUGGAAUGGAAACAAAAUUUGGCCUUGUCCUUCCAAAGUUUAGGACAACAAUCAUUAAUAAACAAUAAGAUUGGUAUAAAAUAAUUCCGCAGAAACUUUUUAGUCCUGUUUAAAUAAAACAAAAAAAGGUUGAUUAAUGUAGCUUAUAGACGACAAAUUCCAGUGUUGAAUCUUUUUUGAAUCCAUUAGAAUGCUUUUACCAGUGAUACCGAUAGAAAUCUGCUUCUUUUUACUGGAGCAUAUGGAACAGCUGAUGAAAAAGAAAGGAAGAGGCAUUUUUAAUUCUUUAUAAAUAAUAACUUUUAGCAGGGCUGUUCUAAUUCAACUAUGCUGCUUCAAAAUAGAAUGUAAAUAAAUUUAUUUUUGUGACUAAUGUAAUUAUAUUGAUGGUUAUGAAGAAAAGAGAACAGCAUUUUUAGGAUUUUGCUAAUGAAGAAAAGACUGCGAAAAAAAUUAUAAGGUUCCUUCUGAUGAAAGAAAUUUCCCUUAGAAAUACAUAUUACGGUAGAAGAAUAUCUUGUGGAAGUUGUUGAACGAUUUGCGUGUUGUGGUAGGUUUUAUGGAAUGGAGUGUUUCAUUGCUGUUGAUGUAAAAAAUUAUCUUCCUCUCUUUCAACUUUGCUCAAGAGAUACAAUAAAUUUUAGUUUUGAUAUAAAAUAAAUGCAGAUGUAUUUGAUUGUAAAGAACAAAUCUUUAAAAGAAAGUGUAAUUUUUUGGAUUUAAAAAAAAUAAGAAAAAUUUACUUGCAAAUUAAAUGACUAGCAAUUCUCUUUUUUUUGUGUAAUAACAUAUAUAUAUAAUUUAUGGUUUUUUGAUGUAUGGAAAUUAAACAAAAGUUAAAUCCAUAAAGUGCUAAGACAUUUAAGUUUGAUUUCUUCAACUUAGUAAUUCAAACCUGAAAAAGUAUCUUUCUUCUAUAAUUUUAGUUUUGUGCGUAUAUUAUUUUGAGAAAUUACGAUUUCAAAUGCAAGAGUUUAAAUGAAAUGAAGUAGGAUUAUGUUGCUCUGAAUAUAUUCAAGAGUUAAAAUAUUUUUUUCUGAAGAACGAUUAUCUUAAAUAAGGAAUAAAAAAAGAAUAUAUGUAAACAUCCAAUUUUUAUGAUGUUCUCCACCCACCCCCCCCCACCCCCCAAUUCCGCAUAUUGCUGAUUAUAUAUAUUUAUGCAUAGCCAUUAUAUACUCUUUGUUAGAGCUUAGUUUCCAUCUCGUAGUCGACUUAUUGCUUUUUUUAUUAUUAGCUUUACCUACUGUAGAUUUAAAACGAUUUUAUUUCUAAAUAAUUUUUGUGUAUCACUAUAUUUAUUUUAGAUUAUGUAUAAUUCUUCUUAAUUUAUUAAUAUCAUUUGUUUUAAUUGAUAUGAUGGCUUACAUACAUUAAUUAUAAUGGUAUUGGUAUUAUUAAAUUUAUGAUUUUU